AUCUGGUCUGCCUAGGGGUAUAUGAUAUGCCAAUUUGCCAAAGAGCUUACUUAUUAUAGGCAGACCGAAUAGAAGACAGUCGUUCCUUCCUACGUCUUAAAGCCGUGGUUUCCAUGCACGUCACUCAACAGCAGGCGCAGGCUAUUGUCGCUCAAUACGAGGGCGACGAUACUGUGAUUGAACAGUUUAACGAGAUUUGCAAUGAGGGAUUUAGUUACACAUCGUCUAUCAAGUUCUACGCGAUCGAUAUCGUGCUUCGCAAUGUAUCAUACCUUCUCGCUGCUAUUCCAAAGACUUUUGACUCUAAAUCAGACUUGGUGAUGCAACCACUCCCCCUUGGCACCAUCCGCGAUCUCCUUUUAAACAUCUCCGAUAACACCAGUUUGCCUGUACCAGAACUCAGAGGCUUCGACGAUUCCCUCGCAUGCUAUCCGUUCCAUUAUCUCUUCCUCCGCCUUCCAUCACAUAAUGCCCAGUCUCUCUCAUCGUUGCGAUCGAGCGGAGCACUCACUCCGCGUCAAGACGCUCUCCUUGAUCUUAAGUUAGGAACCGUCCUUCAUUCCCUGCACUCAAUCCAAAACGAUUGGUUCGGUGUCCCAGGAACCCAGCCGGACGAAGAUGUGUGCUACAGCUGGCAGGAUACCUUCAUGCUGCUCCUGGAUGGGCUGCUGUGCGAGCUUGAAAGCACUGGAGAGAUACAAGGGACUUUGGUAGAGGACAUACGAAAGUACCUGUCCCGCGCCAUCGGGUCGUUUUUAUUUGAAGACGCGGAAGUGCCUACAUUGGUCUGGUCGACAGGUUCGGCGGAUGAUAUAUAUGUCCAGGUCUCGCAGCCUUGUGGACCGAACGAGGAAGCUACAGUGGACAUUGCGUAUGUGAUGCCGACGUUUGAUCGGGUGGUGUGGGGAGACCCAAUGUUGGAAGCAUUUUUUAUGCCACCAGGACCGAGCAAGGCGUUGGAAGAAGGGUAUCUAGAAGGAGAGGGUGGAACGUUGAUCAUUUUCCCGAGGCAGAGGACAAAGAGGAUGUGGUAUACGCUGUUUUUGGCUUUAGUUGUACUGGCAGAAGUUGGAAGAGAUAAGGAGAAAGGGGAGGCGGAUAAUGGAAUGCAUCAAAAGCUCUGCUGGGCAAGAGAUGUCCUCCCGAGAUGCGUUGAGUCGUUGAAGGACGCGCCGUGUUACUAGAAUGAUAGUCUUAGCUUUACGCAUGAAGUGAACGCAUAGAUUUCAUACAUACCAGAUGAGUACAGCAUUAUGAAUCAUCAGCUGAAGUCAUCUCAACAUCUACUGCGGCCGGGGUAGCAACUGGGGUUGGGCCAUCAUUUCCCGUGAGUUCACCUUCCACAAUAUCUU